AUCCAAAACAGCAGUAUGAAUACUUGAAUAGUCCAAAACAGCAGUACAUCUCCAGCAACAAGUCUAUAUGAAACUAUGAAACUGCGAUUCUACAACUUACUAGACCAUGACCAAGAAGGCAACACCUAUAUGAGAUCAUCAUACAACUGAAGUCUGAAACUCUGAACUGAAGUCUGAACCUGAGUAAUUAACGCGGCUGAUCACUAACCAGACGACUAAUCGCUACAUAUCGCCGACUAGUCGGACGAUAUAGACGAUCAGAUCACCUGAUCGAAUCGAACCCCCUUAUCGAGCACUGAGUACUGAUCAGCCCGACUAAUGCGAUUAGUCGGACAAUCUGAAAACAAUGUUAGUCAGUUUUUGCUCAGUGUCAGGAUUACUAGCCAAACACACAACCUUACCUGUUCCCCGAAAUUCUUCUUUUCCUAGGGUACCAGGGCAUCUCUCACAAAUUGAGAUCAUAACAGUACGGAAAAUCCAUGGUAUAGGGGUAUAGAACUGCAAGCUGAUCUGCCUGCAGCCAUGGGCGGACCCAGCAAAGGGGAUGGUGUGCACACGCGUACACUCGAUAAUUUUUUGUAAAAGGAAAAAAGCGAAGCUACUAGGCAUAAUUAAUGCAUGUAUACAUUUGCAACUAUAUUAGAUCCGAUUGCAAAUAGUCAAAUAGUUUAGGUUAGGGUUUAGGUGCUCGGAUCCGCACGGCGGGAAGGGAGGAGAAGGGGCGGGCAUACCGCUGGUGGGUGCUCGGUGCCGGAGAAGGGCCCGAGACCUGGACACCUGGCGUAGGGCGCCUGUGGCGGCGGUAGCCCAGUCGUCGCCAAUAGAGAGACAGAGAGCAGUCGGGGACUCGGGGAACUGUUCGGCCGAGGGUGCGGACACGAACACGGGCCUUGUGCUGAGGGCCUGAGGCAUAUGGGCCGUUCCUUCUUCCAAACAGUUGUUUUUCAGCCGCGUUGCUAGUUCCCGAAUCCAAGCUCCCCCGUCCCCUCUUCCUCCUCUCCGACGCCGCGGCGAUCAAUUCCGAAUCGAGCGCGAGACGGGCUUGAUCGAAGAGUCGACUAUGGACGGCGAGAACGAACCCUACGUUAUCUCCGACCUCAACGCCUCCCUCCCCGCGGCCGCUGCAGCCCUUAGCGCCGAGGACCGCGCCGGCCUCGUCAAUGCUCUUAAGGAUAAGCUGCAGAGCCUGGCGGGCCAGCAUGCCGAUGUGCUAGAGACGCUUUCGCCCAAUGUUAGGAAGCGUGUUGAGUUUUUGAGAGGGAUCCAGAGCCAACACGAUGAAAUUGAGGCCAAGUUUUUUGAAGAACGGGUAGCACUUGAGGCAAAGUACCAGAAGCUUUAUGAACCUUUAUACACAAAGAGGUAUGAAAUUGUAAAUGGAGAAGUGGAGGUAGAUGGUGUUAGUGAUGAACAGACCAGUGAUGAUACUGCUGAGGGAAAAGAACCAGUUGCUAAAGGAGUACCAGAAUUUUGGCUUACUGCUAUGAAAACAAAUGAAGUUUUGUCUGAGGAGAUCCAAGAGCGUGAUGAAGCUGCAUUGAAAUAUCUAAAAGAUAUCAAGUGGUCUAGAAUCGAGGAUCCUAAGGGUUUCAAGCUUGAUUUUUUCUUUGAUACAAACCCAUUUAUCAAGAAUUCAGUCCUGACAAAAACUUACCACAUGGUUGAUGAAGAUGACCUGAUUUUGGAGAAAGCUAUUGGAACUGAAAUUGAGUGGUAUCCUGGGAAAAACCUAACACAGAAGAUUCUAAAAAAGAAACCUAAGAAAGGAUCAAAGAAUACGAAGCUUAUUACUAAAACCGAGGACUGUGAGAGUUUCUUCAACUUUUUUGAUCCCCCACAGGUCCCUGAAGAUGACGAGGACAUUGAUGAAGACACUGCUGAGGAGCUGCAGGGUCAAAUGGAGCAUGAUUAUGACAUUGGGACCACCAUAAGGGAUAAGAUUAUCCCUCAUGCUGUUUCCUGGUUCACUGGUGAGGCUGUUCAAGGUGAGGAUUUUGCUAACUUGGGUGAUGAUGAGGAUGACGACGAUAAGGAUGACGACGACGAAGAAGAGGACGAGGAUGAGGAGGGAGAAAGCAAGCCAGCAAGGAAGUUAGGCUUGCAGUUGACCAGCAAUAUGUUUAGAUAUGGGAAUUGAACCUUUCCUCUUGCUAAUACAUCCCAUUUCUAAUUGUCUCAACAGUUGGGAUCCGGUCACAAACAGAAGGAGCCGCAGGAAGUGUUGCAGGGAAAUGCCGAACAACCAGCGUAGUGCAAGCAGCAGUAAAUUGGCUGGUGGCCAUUUUUGCCUGUUGAUGUUGGUGCUUGGUUGAUGCAGUAUUUUCCAUUGAUCUGGAGCACUCUGCUGCGUUAGUGGAUGGAAAUCGGUUUGCAACUUGUCUCCUAGUGAUCUCGGGGUUUUCGCUACGUGCAAUCGGAUGAUAUUAUAUGGUUGUGUAAUUAUCUUUGCACUCAGCAGAUAAUGGCGCUUUAUUUGUCCUAGGUCUAUAUUGGCUAUCUUAAAUUGAUUUGUAGUUAGCUUAGAGCAUCUACAAUCGACCACCCAAAUCAGGGGGUCUAUUUUUGAUUUGAUGCCCACUUUUUUUCUUGUUGGUCUAAA